AUGGACACUUUCUUGUCCGGACGGCCAGCUGCAGCCACCGACGCCGAAUACCUCAGCAAGCUCUUACCUUAUGUGGGAGCGCCGCAUCAUUCCCGUCUGAUGAGCAUGCACCCUCUCAGCGAAGUCAGGAAUGGUUGCCAAAUGGAAAGUGUGAGCAUGAAAGAGGUGUGGAAGCGGCGGAAGCUCGGCAAUUUCGUGCUGCAAAACUCCACGUCAGAGUCGUACCAGUCCCACUGCGAGGCAGCAGGGCCGACCGCAGCAGAGUUCAGCUCCAAUGACACCAUCAACAGAGUGCGACGGAAGCAUACCCGGUCUAGCCUUGCUCCGUGCGAUAAGUACAAGUGGAUGAAGGUGGCGUCCACAUCCAUUGGAUGGCAUGCUGAGACAGACCACGGCCGCUCUCUUUUGCGGCAUCCAGCGCAUGGAAUUGCCGAGUCCACGGUCACAAAGACCUACAGCAACAUGAAGGCAGCCUGA